AUGUCCCCACACACCUCCGUGUGGCUGCUGGGGCCUCCGUUGCCGUGCAGGGUCAGCGGUGACGCUUGUCCUGCACGCGUGUGCUGUCUUCUGUUUAUUAUUUUUGUGCCGGUACGACGAGUGCAGGCCUCGGAGUACCUGAACGCCAUGAACCGUUGCAGUCUGCCUCGCCCGUGGAGUCUGAGCUUCUCCUACGCCCGCGCCCUUCAGUCGAGCGCCCUCAAGGCGUGGGGCGGCAAGGACUCCGGCAUCGCGGCUGGUCGCCGUGCCUUUAUGCACCGGGCCAUGAUGAACUCGCUUGCGCAGCUCGGUCGCUACAACCGCGCCGACGACGACAAGGAGUCGGGGUCGCUCUACGUCGCUGGCAGUUCGUAA